CCUGACAGACCCGUGCGGUAGCGACAGCGGCGGCGGCGGCUUGGAGGGCUCAGGUAUUUUGGACCCGAUUGCCCUUCGCGCCCGCCGUCCAGGAGCGGCAUUAGAGCUCCCUCCGCCGCCCCGAGGCUGCGAGGCAGCGUCGGGAGUUGCCCGCAUCCGAGGAGACCUUCCUGCCACUUCAUCCAGCGUCACUGCUUCGGCUUCCCAGCGAGGUGGCAGACCUUCCUUUCGUUUUCGCAGACUUCUGGGGAGAUCCUUACUUUUUUUGCACCAAGGUUAAGAAAUUCUGGAAUAGAAGCGCUAGAGGAGGUUCAAUGAAUCUUCUUUAACUCUGGGAUCAAGUAAGGCCCCCCGUUUGGGGCGGGAGACCGUAUUUGAGCAUCUCAAUGGGGAGCAGGAAUGGAAGAACCCACCUUGCAUCUUUUCUGCAGUGUUGCUUGCUGAUGUACCGCUAGGAAUGAAGAGGAGACUUGUGAUAACCCGAGGAGAUACUGAAAGCCAGAUGGGAAAGAAAAUACCACCGGACACACACUAGUGAACGUCUGGGGGGGUCACAGAAUUUUCUGAAUGUAAUUGGACGAGCAUGAAAGAGGAGCUCUCUUAAAAAGCACAACAAACCCUUAAGAGAAGCACUGAGUUUACCCUUUUUUUGUUGCCAAGAUUUUGAAGAUUGUAUUCAAUGUAUUGUCCAUUUGAUAUAAGAUGAAAACUUUAUAAAGUAUUCUAUCCAAGAGCGUGAACGAUGACUACCCCCGCCCUGCUGCCCCUGUCUGGACGGAGGAUACCGCCUCUGAACCUGGGGCCGCCCUCCUUCCCACAUCACAGGGCUACCUUGAGACUGUCCGAGAAGUUUAUCCUUCUCCUUAUUCUUAGUGCCUUCAUCACCCUGUGUUUUGGGGCAUUCUUCUUCCUUCCAGACUCUUCAAAACACAAGCGCUUUGAUCUGGGUUUGGAAGACGUAUUAAUUCCUCAUGUAGAGGCAGGCAAGGGAGCUAAAAACGCUGGAGUCUUCCUGAUCCACGGACCCGAUGAACAUAGACACAGGGAAGAAGAAGAACGUCUGAGAAAUAAAAUUCGAGCUGAUCAUGAGAAAGCCCUGGAAGAAGCAAAAGAAAAAUUAAAGAAGUCAAGAGAAGAAAUCCGAGCAGAAAUUCAGACAGAGAAAAAUAAGGUAGUCCAAGAAAUGAAGACAAAAGAGAACAAGCCACUGCCACCAGUCCCUGUACCCAACCUUGUAGGAAUAAAUGGCGGAGACCCGGAAGAUAAUGACAUAAGAAAGAAAAGGGAAAAAAUUAAAGAGAUGAUGAAACAUGCAUGGGAUAAUUACAGGAUAUAUGGAUGGGGACAUAAUGAACUCAGGCCUAUUGCAAGGAAAGGACACUCCACUAACAUAUUUGGAAGUUCACAAAUGGGUGCUACUAUAGUAGAUGCUUUGGAUACCCUUUAUAUCAUGGGACUUCAUGAUGAAUUCCAAGAUGGGAAAAAGUGGAUUGAAGACAACCUUGAUUUCAGUGUGAAUUCAGAAGUGUCUGUGUUUGAAGUCAAUAUUCGAUUUAUUGGAGGCCUACUUGCAGCAUAUUACCUUUCAGGAGAGGAGAUAUUCAAGAUCAAAGCAGUGCAAUUGGCUGAGAAACUUCUUCCUGCCUUUAACACACCUACUGGGAUUCCCUGGGCAAUGGUGAAUCUGAAAAGUGGAGUAGGGCGAAACUGGGGCUGGGCAUCUGCGGGCAGCAGCAUUCUGGCUGAAUUUGGUACCCUACAUAUGGAGUUUGUCCACCUCAGCUACUUGACAGGGGACCCAGUUUACUUCAAAAAGGUCAUGCACAUUCGGAAACUACUUCAGAAAAUGGAUCGUCCAAAUGGUCUUUAUCCAAAUUAUUUGAACCCAAGAACAGGGCGCUGGGGUCAGUAUCAUACAUCAGUUGGUGGACUGGGAGACAGUUUUUAUGAAUACUUACUGAAAGCAUGGUUAAUGUCAGAUAAAACAGACCAUGAGGCAAGAAAAAUGUAUGAUGAUGCUGUUGAGGCUAUAGAAAAACAUCUUAUUAAGAAGUCCCGUGGAGGUCUUAUCUUUAUUGGAGAAUGGAAGAAUGGUCACUUAGAAAAGAAGAUGGGGCAUUUAGCCUGCUUUGCUGGGGGAAUGUUUGCACUAGGAGCAGAUGGUUCCAGAAUGGAUAAAGCAGGUCAUUAUUUAGAACUUGGAGCGGAAAUUGCACGUACAUGUCAUGAGUCAUAUGAUAGAACUGCAUUAAAGCUAGGUCCUGAAUCAUUCAAGUUUGAUGGUGCAGUAGAGGCUGUGGCAGUCCGGCAGGCUGAAAAGUAUUACAUCCUCCGUCCGGAAGUAAUUGAAACCUAUUGGUACCUAUGGCGAUUUACUCAUGAUCCAAGAUACAGACAGUGGGGCUGGGAGGCAGCACUGGCUAUUGAAAAGUAUUGCCGAGUGAGUGGUGGAUUUUCUGGGGUCAAGGAUGUAUAUUCCUCUACUCCUACACAUGAUGAUGUCCAACAGAGCUUCUUUCUUGCUGAAACAUUAAAAUAUUUGUACCUGCUGUUUUCCGGUGAUGACCUUUUACCUUUAGACCACUGGGUGUUUAAUACAGAGGCUCACCCUCUGCCUGUGUUACAUUUAGCCAACACCACACUUUCAGGAAAUCCUGCUGUUCGAUGAAAGCGGCUCCAGAAGGACCAUUCUCACCUGUGUUUUGUUUACAUGGACCACUGCAGAAACACGCUGAAGAGGGGGCUUUUGAAAACCCGGACCUCUUAAGUCAACGUGGUACAGUGAAAAGUGACUCUUCCCCUCAAGACUUUUCAACUUGUAGGUACAUCAACUUUGAGAUUAUUCCAUUUUAUACCUGACCAAAACAUGUUCCAGUACGUGUAGGACAGGGACCUGCUAUGCUUUGAUUCUUAAUGGGAUGGUCACAUGAGAGAUGAUGCCGAUUACUACUCCAUUAUUUGUAGAGUCCUGGAGUCUGGAGGCUAGACUUCCUAAGAACAAGCCAGGACUAUGGAGCACCUUGCAGGAGUUGGAGAUGGCCUUUGGAACCAGUUAUAUAUUUGUUUUCUCCCACAUGGAGCAGCUUUCAAAUCAAAUAUUUACACAUUGUUUAAUCCCUUUCUUCAUUUUAAUAAUGGAAUAAGGCAAACAAGAACAGUAUAACUGUAUCAGCAGCAAGAAGAUUUGAAAAAGAAACAGAAGUACCUAUCCCUGUCUGAUUUUCAGGUUCCCCAUUGGGUGACCAGACUGGCAGCCUUUUCAAAUCCCAAUCUAUUUCAUUAAAAUUUCUUGGUUAAAUUUAAAUUUCUCUGCGGGCAUGAUCUCACAAAGAAUACUGCUGAAGUUUUUGUCUCCAUAUGGAAUCAUGAAAAGUGUUUUUUAUCAUAACCACUACUUAGGAGCCUGGGUUUGGGAUUUUGUGCAUGUCGUUCAGUAUAGUGUUGGUAGCAUGACAAAAAGUGGGAAAAAUGCCAUGGUCCGUUGCCUUGAAACCUGUUCCAAGAGAAAGCCUUGGUUUUGCUGGUAGGAGAUUAUUUUUUCUAAACCAGCAAAUCUACCAAGUAAAUUUUAUCCACUUUAACCUUAUUAUAAAUUUAGUACAGUUACUCAACUUACAACUUUAUUUAUGUGGCUUGACAAAAUGUACUGUAUUAUUAUGUGGCUCUGGAUUUGCCUUGAUGAGCCAAAUUACUAUUACAAAUUAUUAAAUCAAAAACAAAACCCUUAGAUAUUCCAACUGGAAUGUGGAUACGGGAUCCUUUAAUUAUUAUCUCAUCAGAUGAGUGAGCUUUUAAAAAAUAUUUUCUGUAAAAAUAAAUUCAACUUUUAUUUUUUGUGAGGAUAUUAAUUAUUCCAAAGAAUUAAUCAGAAAGCUUCAAAAUAAUUUUCAGUGAUAAAAGUGUGGUGCAAUUAAUCAUGUUACAUGUAAUUGGGGAUAUGUCUAAGGAACUUUCUCUUACCAUCGGUAGGUUUUGCAGUGAUACUUCUUUUAAAAGAAGUUUCUAGUUCUUUAUAUUUGGAGCGGGGGAGAACUUAAAUUUUCUCAAGAACUGUAAUAUAAAUGUCUAAUGCUUAUGAAUUUUGUCAAAAUGUAGGAUACUCAUUUUCUUCUUUCAGUUAAUACAAACAGCUGCCAUUGACAUUAAUGAAAGUUGGGAACAGUACAAUUCAUCUAAUAUUUACUCUGAAUUUCAAGAUUUUAUGAAAAUAUUUGUGCAAGAGCCAACCUUGGAAUUCUGAAAUCUUAUUUCCUUAUUUUGGCAGCUUUUCUUUUUAAUGAUCUAUUAGCAUAUAGUAGAUUUAAAUUGGGAAAAGAUUUAAUAAAUUAACAUAAUUAAAUGUUUCCUAAGGUUGAUCAUCUUAUACCACAAAUAGUGAAGAAAUCAACACAGUUCAACAAAUGAUCCAUAAAUGAUAGCCACCUCAAAUUUUUUCAGUAUACAUAGAAAAUAAGAGUGUAUUGCCAGUUGCAUUCUUUAAGUCAUUAAGAGUUAAAUUUUAGCACGUAUUUUGAAAUUGCGAUAUCUUUUACUACUUGAAAAAAUAACUUUUUAAAAUGAGAAGGGUAGAGCACUUUAAUAUGACUUUUGAAGAAAAAGGGAAAGUGGUUCUCCAAAAAAAAGUUAGCCUUCCUCCUAAAAAUAGCACAAGCCCAUUUAUGAGUCAUUGAAGAAAAGUGAAAAACCAGUCUGGCAAAGGCCCAGAGCAGCUGUGCUAAUGGCAGUGAACUGUUCCCCACUUUGCUUUAGGAAAAUGCAGAGUCAAAGCACCUUCAUGGUUCCCCAGGAACUUCUCACGUGAUGAGGAGACAGAACCUCCCCUUCCCAACUAGUCUGUUUGUAUUAUUUGGAUAACUGGAGCUUAAAAGAGAAGGCAAGAAGUGUCCAAGCGGGACCAGUUCUGGUAUAAGCAAAGAAUUUGAGCCCAGAGAAAGGGUUUUCAUCACCACCCCCCUACCUUCUUUGUGAUGAUGAGAAGACUAGAGCUAUAACAAUGCUUUAUUUUUUCUUCUCUGAAUACCAAAGGCAAUUAAAGUCGGCUACAAAUGAUUUGCCAGUGUUACGUUUAUUUUUGUGAUACUUUGAAAUUAUUUCCUCCAAAAUCAAUCCUUAUCCUGUAUUCUGCUUAGUUUCUAAGAGUAUUUUUUACUUCCUUCUGUUCUUUACAGGCCUUUGCAUUUGUAGAACUUACUACUCAGGAUAAAUACUUACUGAAUUUCUAAGACCUUCUGCAAAGAGCCCAGAAAUGCUCCUUUCCAGUUGCCUCUUCAGAGAGCUGACACCUAACCUUAUGCCUUUGGCGCAAAUGUGCAGAAUAGAUCAAUUGGGACAUAAAGAAAAAAAAAAAAACCCGCUAGCUUGUACAUUUAUUUCUCUUCAUUUUGGAGUCACACUUUUGGUUCAACCCUGAUUUUUUUAAUUAUUAUUAUUACUCAACCAGUAUAAAGUUGUUAAAACCAAGAGAAUGCAGCCCUAACCAAAAAGAAGUCUCAGUACAGAGAAUACAGCCCCAGUCAGGGGGUUCUUACUUUCUGGUGGGUUGCAUGUAUAUGUCGUUUUUCUUGCACGAACUUAUUCCUAUCUUUGAGCAGAUGUUUAUAUGUAAAAGUAAAACCUGGGUAUUGAAAAAAUGUGUCCUUUUUGUGGACUAUUGACCUGGAAUCUGUAUGAUGUCAUCUAGGGCAACCCAAGGCUUCACUUGGUAGAUUUUACCCAUGCAGUUUGAAAUUUUGGCCAUCAACCUCACAUCUUCUCCAUUCUCCAUUGCCAAAGUCUUGUCAAAACUAGGAAUUUGUUGGUAAAAGAUUAUGCUUGCCAUUCUCAUUAUGUUGUUUCUCCUCAAGCCUGGGUUUCUUUGAGUGCAUGAGAGAAUGAGUGAACAAACAUUGAUGGAGUACCUAAUAUGUCAAGCAUUACGGUAGGCACUUUCAAACAUUAGAUAGAAUAUUUUAUCUGAUUCCAGUGGCAUUUUCUGUAUGAGAAUAAUUCAUACCAUUUAAAAUGUUUUCCAGUGUGAAUCAUGGUACAAAAUCCUUAAUUUUAUAUUUCACUAAAUUAAAGAGAAAAGAAAAGGUUUAUAAUAUAUUUUAAUCAAUGUAUUACUGUAUAAUACUAACAGCUAUAAUUGUAGUUAAUAACUAAAAUUUUUUGGGAAAUGUCAAAGAAAUAGUUUCUGAAGCAACUUGGACUAAAAUAUUUACUUUAGAAAUAAAAGCAUUCUUAUUUUGCUAUAUCACUUCACAUUAUUAAAAAUGUUUUAUAGAUGUGCCAGUUAUUUGAUAUUAAAAAAAAAUUUUGUCAAAAUUCACGAGUAACAACUUGCAGUUGUAAAUUGUUUUUGCUCUGGUAUGGGUCCUAUAAUAGUCCCAUGCUUUUAAAUAUAAAGAAAAAUAUACUAAAAUAUUUCUAAGUUCCAAAUAAUAGUCCCUAGUAUAGUAUUUUUGAGUUCUUAUUUUUCUUGAUGUUUUCAUGCCCUCAAAUUAGUAGCUCCUGCCUUUAUCCACACUUUACAUAAAUACAAUUAUACACAGAGAGAUUUAUAAUACUGUCUGUGUAUAAGUUAGUUACUGGUUUUGGCUGCACAUAUUCUAAGCAGAAUAUCUGAGUAACCAGAUAUAAUAUGGAGAUAUUUUCAUGUACUUAUUCUUGUUUAAAAACAUUGGUGAAGACGAUUUUCUGUUACCUCAACUCAUUGACAUCAUGAUGGAAAUGUUCUUUUUGAUCUAUGGGUCAGCAAACUUUUCUGUAAAGGACCAGAUAAUAAAUAUUUCAGACUUUGCAGGCCAUAUGGUCUGUAUUUCUACUAAAUUCCGCUGUUGAAACAUGAAAGCAGCCAUCAACAAUAUGUGAGUGAAUAGACAUAACUAUUCCAAUAAAACUUUAUUUACAAAAACAGAUGGAAGGCUGGAUUUGGCUCUAGGGCUGCAGUUUGCUGAGUUUGGCGCCCCCUGAUCGCAAGUUUAAUUUGUGUAAGACCCUGCAAUGUUUAUUCUGUAUCAUCUCUUUAUGCUUAGAUUUACAUUAAUUCAUUUUUAAGAUGUUUGAAUUCAUUUUAAAAUAUGUUUGUGUGUACAGUUGUUUGUAUUUGUGUAACCUAAAGUUAUAUGUUUUAUUGUCUUGGAAAUAGAUAUACUCCUUUAGAAUCUGUUUAAGUUUCAGGGUGAUAUGGCUAUAAUGAAAAAAGCAAAAUUUUUGUUCAGCCAGUGUCUUUGCCUUGCAUAUUAUUUAAUGCCACAAUUCCAGAGUCCCCAUGCAAAAGGAAGGGUUUCUGUGGUGACAAAAUAUUAUACACUUUUCAAGUUCUGCCUGCUCAUUGAGAUUAGACCAGGACUCUGGAUUUCUGGAGCUGCAGAAAUUCCUGAAAUUGGGUACACUUAGAGCCCUACAGCAAGAAUAUGAUAGAAUUUCUAACUUCUGUGCUAUAGAAACCAUUCCUUUGAAAAUUUUUAGGCAACAGAAAAUGGGUUAUGUGCCUCAUUUGCCAUUCAGUAGCCACUGUUCCUUUUUUAGACUGUGGAAGACUACUGAUCCUGUUAACCCCUAAAGCAGCCUAAGCCCAAGGAGGGGAGAGAAAAGAUGUAUCCAAAGGGGAUCUCCCUUCCUCUUUCCUUGCAUAGCUUUCUGCACCUUUACAAGUCAAUGGCAUUAUUUCAGAAUGUACAUCGUUUUUUUUUUAAACAAAACAUCAUUGAACCUCGAGCUUACACUUCCACUGUUUAACAACUAAUCCAUUUUAAACUUGGUUUGAGCUCAGUCAGCAAUUGCAGAACUCAUAAAAUUAUGUGACACCAUAUUACUAGUAUAUACGUUGCAAUGCACCAGUCAUUCUGAGAGAUAAUAGAUUUUCACCAAUAAAUUAAUCAAUUAUUUCACCAUUUUUGGAAAUGCUAGAGGAGGGGAAAGCCUGUAUUCAGAGUGCUGGAGGGAGCAGAGAUUUAUUGUCUCUCUUCUACGUUGUAAAUGAACUAACUGCCUUUCUAGGUCCUAGGGUUUCCUUCCACCUUACUAUACAGGUCUUUUCAGUUCAGUGUGAAUAUAAGUGUGGAUAUACAAACACCCCUACACACAUUCACCUUAAUAUAUAGAGGGUUCUGAACAAUUGCAACUGUCUUGCAGCUAUCUGAAUGCUACCAAAUUCUACUGCAAAUUGCAUACCAGAAAAAUCCAUUAAGAUAAUCUCAGCUCUUUGUUAGGAAAAAGAUUUUUUAGAAAAUUUAGGAAUUAGUUUUUGUUGGAAAUUAAAUGAAGUAUCCCCAAUUUUAAUUAUUGGAUUUGGAAGUUGAAAUGCCAUUUUGCAAUCUCAUUGGUCUCAAAGUCACUGAUACAAUUUUUCCCUAAAUAAUAAAUAGGGUAAGUAUUACCUCCUAAAUCAGAUACCCACUGGCCGCUUCUGAACUGGUUUCCAGUCAUGUCCUCCAUAAGUAAUUUUUACAAAUUAAAGGUAAUAUUAUUGUAUAUUAAAGAUCAAAUAAAGAUGUUCUUUAAGUGAAAAAUGUUUGUUUAUCCUUUUCUACCAAUGGACAACACCACAAUUAAAUCUUUUUACUUAGAGAACAGCAGCUUUGGCUUGUACUGGUUGUCUUCAGUCUCCCACAUUUAGAGUAUUCUUUGAUUCAGCUAAUCUUCACAUUUCAUAAUGUUACAGAAAGAUUAAGAGUAACUUGCUUAAAGGGAAUUUUUCUUUAUUACAACUGAUUUUAAGAAAACAAACUAUAGACCUGUGUAAUACCCUAAUAGUAUUACUGUGCCUGCUCUCUCUUAGACCUAGUCCAAUCCAGCUUCUGAAAUCAUCAAGCUUAAAGAUUGCCUCAGUCACUGGACCUCAUUGUCACAUUAAAAUCUGACCUGACCCUGCUUAAAUGAUUCUUGUCCAAAAAUAGGCCUGAGGGACUUGAAGACUAGGAUCAGCUGGACUAAAAAUAGCGAUUUAAUUUAUUAUUGAUGCUGUAAAAGCACAGGCUGUUUAAAAUCCUGUACCUAAAGAGCAUCAAAUAAGGUAGUGAUGAAGCCUGAAGUAACAGCCAAUUUUGCAUUCUUUGAGGUCUAAUUCUUCCUGGCACAAUGGAUUUCAACGUGAUCAAAAUUUUAGACUAAGUAAUUGCAUUGUAGAUGUAUCAAAAUUUAUUGUGGACUUUUUUUUUCUUUCUUUUUUUCAGGAACAACUAAAACAGGAUGAGGUAAAGUUAAAAGAAAAAGGAGCCCUGGGUGAUUAUAAUUUUAUAAAACCUGGGCUUCUUCCAUUCUGCCAGAUACUGAAAUUUUUAUCAUUCCAUUGGGUUGCAAAGGAACUGUCAACAUGAAAAUAGCAUUCACAUUAAGAUUAUAGGUACAGAUCGUUUGAGUGAGCCUGUGCCUUACAUGUUGGUUGACUUUAGACAAAUUUCUUAAACCCACCAAGUCUAAAUUUUCUUGUCAUAUAGUAGGGAUAAUAUAGGAUCCUUAGGAGAAUUAAAUGAGAAAAAUCCAUGUACCUGGCCCAAAAUAAGUUCACAACUUUAGUUGUUGUUAAUGAUUUUCAUUCCAGCAGAUUGGAGUAAUCAUACCUAAAGGAAUAGAAAAAAAAAAUAGGGAGAGGUCAGUUGGAA